UAUACAAAGAUAAGGUGUAUGAGUGAGAGAGAGAGAGUUGUUAGAUAGCAAAACAUGGCACUAGAAACUGUGGUGUACAAACAAGACCCAUUUGGCUAUGGUUGCAAGGAGUUCUACAACUUGGCUGGUUGGGGCUAUCAUGAAGAAGAUAAUAAAGCUCUUAUAGAGCAUGGCAUGAAUGCAAAUGGGGACUCCUUAUCUUCUUCAGUCAUGCAAAAUCAAAAUGUGAAGGAACAUUGGGAACCCAAUUCUUCGCCGGAGGCUUGCUCCGGUGACCGUUUACUUGGCCAAGAAGGGUCCCCACCCACUCCCAUGGAAGCACCGGCGGCCACAAUGUUGGGGCGGCGAAAGCGCCGGCGAAGCAAAAGUGGGAAGAACAAGGAAGAAAUGGAGAACCAGAGGAUGACUCACAUUGCAGUUGAGAGAAAUCGGAGGAAACAGAUGAAUGAGUAUCUAGCUGUUAUUCGGUCAUUGAUGCCGGCUUCUUAUGUUCAAAGGGGUGACCAAGCAUCAAUUAUUGGAGGGGCAAUUAAUUUUGUGAAGGAGCUUGAGCAGCUUCUUCAAACAUUGGACGUUCAGAUGAGGACUACUUCUACACAAGAAUCCAAAAAUGGCUGCUCUCCACUUUUUGCCAAUUUCUUCACCUUCCCACAGUACUCAACACUUUCAAGUAACUCUAAUAAUUCACCGGAGGUUGAGAACCAGUUGGGAUCGGAGGCAUUUGCUGACAUAGAGGUGACCAUGGUGGAGAGCCAUGCCAAUCUGAAGAUACUAUCAAAGAGGAGACCUAGACAGCUCUUGAAGAUGGUGACUGGGCUUCAGUGUCUCUGGCUCACUGUUCUCCACCUUAAUGUCACAACAGUUGAUCAAAUGGUUCUCUAUUCACUCAGCGUUAAGGUUGAGGAUGGAUGCCAGCUGACUACAGUGGAUGAAAUUGCCGAGGCUGUUAAUCAGUUGCUAGGCAGAAUUGAAGAAGAAGCUGCUGCUUUGAGCUGAAACCCUAAGUUUUAUACUUAUGGGUUUCGGUCUGUUAGAAUAACUCAAUGUUUUUUGACCUUCUCUUUCUCUCUCAUUUACUGGAAAUUUUUUGUACAUUAUUGAAACUUUGAAGUUGAUGCUGAUGCUGUAAUCAACUAUGACAAACGCUAGUAAGUGUGUCUAAAUAUUAUUUAAUGUUGUGAUUUGUGUAAAAA